AUGGGCGAUCGAACCGAACCACUGCAAUCUGACGAAACGCCCGAGAACCCGUUUACGCAGAACGAAAACGAUCUUUCUUGUCGGUUCAUUCGAGAAGUAACGGCCCAAGAUGUGGAAAAUGGUGUCGACAUGCAAGGAAUAACCUGGGAGGCUUUUAAUGUGACUCGUGACGGAUAUCGUGAAGUCCGUCUUGCAGAAUACAUGAAUUAUGAGAAUAUUGUUCCAAAGUUGAAUAAUCUCACACGAGAGGAUCUCAAACCGGUUCAGACUGAUGGCCAAUAUUACAAAUUCAAAUACACGACUCUCACACAUAAAUGCUCGAUUGUACAUUUCCAAUUGCGAAAUUUGUUAUGGGCAACCACUAGAAACGACGUCUACUUUACAAAUGGAACACGAAUAGGUCAUUGGAAUUCAAUACGGAAACAAACAAGGUUCGAGCUGGACUCUCAACCUCUUGGGCGACCACAGCACAGCUUUGACAUAAGUACAAUAGCAUGCAAAUAUGAUUUUUUGCUUGCCGGAGGUUUAUAUGGCGAAUAUGCAUGUCGACGUUUGGACUCUACAACCAUACAUCACGACGUCAUAACAGAAGAUAAUAAUGGAAUAACUAACCACAUAGACAUUAUUAAAUCCCGCGCUGGACCCAUUGUUGCAGUUAUUUCGAGUAACGACCAAAAAUCACGGAUAAUGGAUUUGGCAACUUUGAAGUUCACAAACAUUUACGAAUUUGACUGGCCAGUUAACUGCACAGCUGUCAGUCCAGACAAGAGUAUGUUAUGCGUUGUCGGAGACGAUGUUGAAACAAAAAUCGUCGAUGCUAAUAGUGGUCAAAACAUUACAACGCUGGUCGGUCAUUUGGACUAUUCCUUUGCUUGCUGCUGGAGUCCGGAUGGCCUGCUUAUUGCAACAGGGAAUCAAGAUAAAACUACACGAUUGUACGAUGUGCGAAAAAUGUCCACGACUCUGGGGGUGCUGGGUGCUAGACUGGGGGCAGUCCGGUCCCUUCAUUUUUCGGAAGACGGCCGUUAUAUGGCCAUGGCAGAACCUGCUGACUUUGUUCAUGUAUUUGAUGCGAAGACCUUUGAGCGAUCUCAAGUUAUAGAUAUAUUUGGUGAGAUUGCUGGUGUUUCUUUCACGCCAGAUACGGAGGGCUUAUAUAUUGCUAAUGCAGACGAAAAUUAUGGAUGUAUAAUGGAAUUCGAAAGUAUUUCACCGGUAAAUCAUAUAGAAAAUAUAUGGCUGUAG